UUGAUUUCAACCCCAACAGUACACUGUGCAACUGUUGUACAUGAUUUAUUUUUCUCCUGUAGGCUAUAAUGCCACAGAUACACAGCAGAUGCUAGAUUUCCCAGCAGCGUAGUAACAAAACCAUUCAAGUCUGUUCUGACGUUUAUACAGCGCAACAUUUUACCAAGGCUAAUACGUGAUAACAUGCAUGCAUCCGGAAAAAAAACCGUCUUAUCUGGAUGGGGAAAGAAACAGAGCUAGUGUUCAGUGGCCUUGAGGUUUAAUGAAGCCCAAAUAACAAACCCAGCCUUCCCCCCUUCUUCUAGAGGCUGCAGUUUCAGGGCAGAGUACGUAUGAUUGGGUUUUAACUCUCAGGAUAACGUCAUUCAGCACAAAAACACGGGAUAACCCCAAACGACCACGUGCGCGGUUGGAAAGUCAAAUUUGACGUCAGUGUCCAUGUAAGGAAGAGCCGGGCAGACCAUAUUUGGUCGUUCCGCCUCUUGACGUCGUUCCUUCUGUGGAAAACAAGGAGGGGUCGCGGUGACUCCGCCUCUCUCCCAGCUGUUAUCAAUAAACAAGUGAAACUCUCAAUUUGAAACUGAUUUUUUACCGAGCAGACGAGAAGUUCAAGGAGUGCUCUAUAAAUAAAACAACAGAAAGUUUAUCUUUCAUUGCAUCUACGAUUGUCAAAGUAAACCUAAAUAUAUUUUAGGUUUAAAGAGCAUUGUUUGCCACGUUUAAAUUAUUUUUUAAUCCAAAUUUUCAGCCAUGACAUCAAGCAGCGAGCCUUUAGAGAUAACUGGUAGUGAGUUGGUUCAUGUCCUCAGGACCCCCAGGAACCAGUACACCUCUGCCGGGUGUGUGGUGCUGGACUGCAGACCUUUCCUUGAUUUUUCUUUCGCGCACAUCUUCGAGUCUCGAAACAUCAACUGGAACUCGAUGCUGCGCCGUAGAUCCAAGGGCUCGGUGGUCGCUCUGGAGUGGCUGAUCCCGAACAAGACGCUCCUGGGCCGGAUGCGGCGCGGGGACUUCUCCCUCGUGGUGGUGGUGGAUGAGAGCAGCCGCUCCGUGGCCGAGUUGAAGCCGGAGAGCGUGGCCCAGAUGCUGCUCACCGCCCUACAAAACGAAGUCCAGACGCAGAUUUGCUUUCUACAAGGUGGAUUUGAGGGAUUUUCAGAGGCCUACCCAGAGCUCUGUUACUACUCUGCCAGCAAUAACCUCUCAACAGUGGAACCGGAGCCAAUAGUGACAGGCCGGAGGACACCUGCAUAUGAUCAGGGCGGCCCAGUGGAGCUGCUGCCCUUCCUGUUUUUGGGCAGUGCCAUCCACUCCUCCCGCAGAGAGACCCUUGCAGCAGCAGGCAUCACAGCUGUCCUCAAUGUUUCUUCCACAUGUCCAAACUUCUACGAGGGGGAGUUUCAGUAUCUCCGGAUCAAUGUGGAGGACAGUCUGGCUACUGACAUUAGAGCUUGCUUCUCCACAGCUAUCGCCUUUAUCGAUUCAGUGAAGCAAAGUGGUGGUCGGGUGCUGGUGCAUUGCCAGGCAGGUAUCUCCCGCUCUGCCACCAUCUGUCUGGCCUAUCUCAUGCACACCCAGCGUGUCCGGCUGGAGGAGGCCUUCGACUUUGUGAAGCAGCGGCGUCAGGUCAUCUCCCCCAACCUGGCCUUCAUGGGACAGCUGCUGCAGUUUGAGACUGACGUUCUCUGCCAAGGAUGAAAAAACAUCAAGAGAAAGGAAAUUCACAUGGCUGUAGUUUUUUUUUUUUUAUUAACUCUCCUGCCGCCUGCAGGUGGUUUUGCUGGACUCAAAGCAUUAUCAGCACUCCAAUCAUCAUAUAAAUGUGUCAUUUGUACUAUCGAAACUAGUACAUUUCAGAAGCGUGUGAGCGGUGAAUCUCGGCUCCUACUUUCAGGAGAAACUGAGAAGAACUGAUACAACAAAUAGCACUUGACAAUAUAAACUGAAAUAACCACAUUAUGAACAACUUUGAUUCUGAGCCAGCAAGUUUGAGCAGCUAUCAGGUAAUUUCCCUGACAUUUUAUACGUUAGGGGAAUCAUGCCUGUGUGUGUGUGUGUGUGUGUAUGUAUGUAUGUAUGUAUGUGUGUGUGUGUGUGGUUGUGUGUGUGUGUGUCUGAUCUUUUGCAAGGACUAUCUUAUUAUCACACUGAAAGUCAUUCUUUCACAGUUACGACCACUGUGACAUGCCAUGUCUUCUUAUGAGACAACACUGUGUUAACUACUUGAGGCAAUACUGGACAAAUGUCAAGUUUUAUUGCCUAAUUUAUAAAAAUGCACUAACCACAAUUGGUGUCUAAUCAUAAAUCUAAUCCCUCUAUAUUCUGAGAUAGAUUAUACUUAGUAAAUUCAAACAGUAAGAGUAUGUUUUUACCAUGUAAAUAUACUUUUUAUUUAUUAUUUUAAUAUGUCAUGACAGUGUUGGUAUUGCUGUCUGUUUAUGCACUUUAUAUCUACAAUAAGAGGUUUGACUGAUCCCUUUUGGGGAUUUUUUUUUUCUACUAAAAUAAAAACAUGCUGGAGAAUGAA